CACAGAUUCUCCAAAAUGGACACGUGCGUCUACUGUUCUCUCCACUCGACAGUAGGGAUCUGGCGGUCUCACUCUCAUCCGAACGAAGAAGAAGAAGACAGCUUAAACCUAAUCAGAAAAGCGUUGACCAAUGUCAACUAGCAGGAAAAUCACUUUGAAGAGUUCUGACGGUGAGACUUUUGAGGUGGACGAAGCGGUGGCGCUUGAAUCGCAAACAAUUAAGCAUAUGAUCGAAGAUGACUGCGCCGAUAACGGCAUACCUCUUCCUAAUGUCACCAGCAAAAUACUCUCUAAGGUGAUUGAGUAUUGUAAGAAGCACGUUGAAACUUCUAAGUCUGACGAUCGGCCUUCUUCUGUUGACGAUGAGCUUAAGACUUGGGAUGCUGAGUUUGUUAAAGUUGAUCAAGCUACUUUAUUUGAUCUUAUAUUGGCUGCCAAUUAUCUGAACAUCAAGAGUUUGCUGGAUCUGACUUGUCAGACUGUGGCCGAUAUGAUCAAGGGAAAAACACCAGAGGAGAUACGGAAGACUUUCAACAUCAAGAAUGACUUUACACCAGAAGAAGAAGAGGAAGUUCGGAGAGAAAAUCAGUGGGCCUUUGAGUGAAGGGCUUUGUGAAAUAAUAUAUCUGUAUUUGUAGUUCUUUUCUUUUUGUGCUUGACUUUGGCGUUUAGGGAUUAUGGCUUUGCAAACAGCUGCUAUCAGUAUAUUGUUUGUUGCCUUUAUCGAUGUAGAAGCCAUAUCGAUGCAGUGUUUUAUGCUUUGGUCAUAAAUAAGCAUGAUGAAGUGCAGGAAUAUAAACUGGAAUGCGUUCUCAGCA